ACCGGAUUUGCCGCCCUCCCACAUGAAAACUUUUGUGGCCUCUCAUUGGCCAAAACGGCAACGGCCACGCAGUGCGCCGUUCGCCGAGGCUGGACCCGGCGUCUGGCGGUCUGGUUCUGCGUGUCUGUGCGUCGUCCGAGUGUGCGUGUGUGUGUGUGAGCAUUCCCUAUGAAGACGCUCUGUUUCGGAUUUCUCGCCAUGGACAAGAACAGUCCUCUCGAACAGGGCGGUGAGCGGGCUCGGUGGGAGCACCAUCAUGUGACACUGGGGCGGGUUCCUGGCUAUGGUUUUGGCAUUGCUGUUAGUGGUGGCCGGGACAACCCACACUUCACCAGUGGUGAGCCAUCAAUUGUCAUCUCAGAUGUGCUCCGAGCUGGACCUGCUGAAGGGAAGCUCCAAAUCAACGAUCGGGUAGUCAGUGCCAAUGGGCUGUCGCUGGAGAAUGUGGACUAUGCGACUGCUGUGCAAGUGCUUCGGGAAUGUGGCCGCACAGUGAACUUGGUGAUCAAACGCCGUGUCAUCCUAGGCCAUGCGGAGUCGGUGCGAGUAACCUUGACAAGAACCAAGAAGAAAGAUGACUUUGGCAUUGUGCUCGGCUGCCGUAUCUUUGUGAAAGAAGUUUGCAAUCGAUCUCUGGCUGAGCGAGAUGGCACUCUGCAAGAAGGUGACACCGUACUCAAGAUCAACAACACCAGCACUGAAGGCCUGAGCUUGAAGGAGGCGCGCAAGCUGCUCGAGGCAAGCAAAGAGCGGCUACAGCUGGUGCUUCAACGUGAGGAUAUGUGUAAGCCUAGCCUCCCUCAGCCCACAGAAGAGCGUGCAACCACUCAGAAUCUCUACGUGCAGCAGCCCACCCGUGCUGAUGACAAGAACAACCUUUCCAGGUUUGGGCGUAAUCGUGGGCCUCUGAUGAAUUCUAGCCAACUGGAUCAGCCGGAGACUCCACCAAGGCCUGUGCAGCCCCGUAUGUCUUCUGAAUACAGCCACGACGGGGAGGAGGACCCCUUGGCAAGACGGAGUUCAACGGGUGCCGAGCCCCGACUGGUGUGUUUCCACAAGGAGAGUGGCAGUAAUGUGGGCCUGCGGCUCACUGGUGGCAACCAGGCAGGUGUCUUUGUCACUGCUGUGCAGCCAGGUAGCCCUGCUUCUCUGCAGGGCCUACAGCCGGGUGACCGUCUCCUUAAGGUGAAUGGUGUAGACGUGCGGUGGGCGACACGUGAGGAAGCAGUCCAGCUCCUAUUGCAGCUCCAGGGCCCCGUGCAGCUGUUUGUGCAGACAGCUAGGGAAGAGUACGAGGAAGUGGUGAGCACCCAAAAGGGAGACUCAUUCCAUGUGCGAGCACACUUCAGUCACGAGCCCUCUAACAAGGGCGAGCUGGCACUGCACCCAGGUGAAGUUUUUCAUGUGGUAGACACACUUCACAAUGGCACUCUCGGCAGUUGGCUUGCAUACCGGCUUAGCCGCAACCAUCAAGAGAUUCAACGUGGCCUCAUCCCCAAUGCUGCAAAUGCUGAGGAACUGGCCGCUCUGCAGGCCAGACGCCGAGAUGCCGACACCAGCCGCACCUCUUUUUUCCGGCGCCGUCGGAGGGCUGCUCGUGCCAAGUAUGGUGACCCCUGGGAGGAUCCAGAAGGCUUGUCCAAAUAUACAGCCUAUGAACGUGUGACCCUGAAGCACCCGGGAUUCAUCCGGCCUGUGGUACUGUUUGGACCAAUGGCAGACGUGGCUCGAGAGAGGCUUCUCAGAGACUACCCGGACAAGUACUCUUGCCCACAGCCCGGGGGACCUGUCGAAGAGCCCAAGGUAGCUACAGCUGUUCGGCUCAGCGCCAUUCGUGAGGUGGUGGAGCAGGGCAAACAUGCUCUUCUCGAUGUCAGCCCUGGAGCUGUGGAUCGGCUCAACUAUGCCCAGUUCUACCCCAUCGUGGUGUUCUUGCGAGCCGAAAGCAAACAGGCUGUCAAAGAGUUGCGAUCACGGUUGCCCGUGAGACAGAGUGCACGCAAACUUUACGAAAGGGCCCUCAAGUUAGAGCGGCUGUGGGGACAUCUCUUCACCUCUACAGUGGCCCUGACAGGUGCCGAUAUGUGGUACAAAAAGUUGCGUGAGACCCUGGACAAGCAGCAGCAGCUCAGCAUCUGGUGCUCAGAGAACAAGCCUGAGGAGGCUAUUGGAGACGACUUCCUCUUCCCUGUCACGUCACGACUCAGCUACGCCUCAUCACCUGAGAGUGACCUGGAGCUGACCUCAGAGGGGGCUCGGCGAUCGGGUCUAUUGCGGGCCUCUAGUGACCCCAGUGUGGCCACCCAAGAGGAUUCUCUGGCACCACCACCACCCUACCUCCCUCCUCUGCGGCCACCACCACCUGCUGGACCGCCAAGCAGCCCAUCGCAGGCACUGAGCGAAUGUAGGCCAUGCGGUCCACCAGAGGAGGACUAUGGGACCCGCAACACUUUUGAGACACGGAUACCUUAUGGACGCCCUGAGACAGACAUGUACGAAGAACCAGCCACUCGGCCACCACUUGCAAAUGAUGGACGGCGCCCUUUGGGUUUGUACUCUCCUCCCAGCAUUGGUGGUGGCAGAGAGCUGGCUCGUGUGCUGCCGGAGCCACCUCAGGUAGACCGAGGUAGCAAGCCCUCUCGGUUCUCGCGUUCUGCCCAGGAAAGGCUAUUUGGCUCCCCAGGUCAUGGAAGUGAGGAGCCACCGCCUGGUCUUCCUAGUGGUCCUGACUACAUCAAUACAGCACACAAGGCAGCUUCUUUGGAACGAACUAAUGGGCGUACUCCACUGGCUGGUUAUGAAACUUAUGAUGCGUACGGACGACAAGUGGCAGCUCAUGAUCCAUACCGCUUCACUCGUAGCACAGCACAGCCGGCCACACUGAGGCUUCCCGCAGCCCGUCCACCUCCCAGGACACCUGACUGGCCAAGCCAACUGCAAAGGGCUCCUUAUCAGCCCAGGCUGUCAGAUGGGCGGCCCGUGCCUCCACCAAAACCUACCCGGCCACGGCCAUGGUCGGGGGCAUCAGAAGAGCCACCACCCUACGGAGGUCCCUACCUCAACCUGCCACCACGUUCAGCACUCGACCUGUCUAACCGGGAGCACAGAGGUUCUGCCUUUGAGUUGUACCGAAAACCAGAGCCAACCCGGCUGCCCCCUCCACCAGCUCCCUAGUGGCCAAAACAAUGGCUUUGCAACCUGUGCCAUCUCGUGUGCAAGACCAGUGACAUUUAGACAAGGUCAUUGAGCAGAACCUAAAAAAUGGAAUUGCAAAAUGGAGUUGCACAGUGUGCGAGAGUUGGAAAUUCUUCUUCAUGUGCUGACAUUAUCUUCUAAGAAAAGCUUUUAUAUAAAAUAUAUGUGAUGCUGACACUGCCCUUUUAGAUUGAACUAUGCACUUCAUAGGUAAAAGUGCCAAUUGCUCUACAGCCUUGAAGAAAAACAAAAAAUAGGUAACAAACACAGGGAACAAUGAAACUGCUCUACUAAUUCAGCUUAUACGCAGCUGAAGCUGCCCUUCACCAUUUUACACUUGGACAUCCCAUGUAGAAUGCGUUUUACAAGACAAAUUAGUCUAAUCAUCAAACCAAAUUUUUACUUAAGGAUCAUCUCUGUCGACAAACCUUUGGCCUCGGAUAGCAUCUGCAACUUGUGUUCCUUUUGCUGAAUCUCCUGCACAGCAGACUCUGGUUCAAGUUCUUGCAACAAGCACCAUCUUUUCAGCGGUGCAUUUUAAGUGCUGACAUUCUGCAGAAUGAUAAGUGAGUCACGUGUCACCCUCAGUGAAGCAUCGCAUUGCAUCGCUUGUCUCAAAUAACUUCCUUAGAAGAAAGGUACUCAGUUUCUUGCUUGACACUUAUGUCACUGCUUGAUCUAUGUGCUUGUUCAUUUGCCACACCUGACGCAUGACCUUUUAAACUUUUCAUUGUGCUUAGCUCGCUCACAAGACAAUUAACUGAGAAAUUACAAUGCUCAGCAUCUCACUCAAGAUUGGCGCUAUCUGUUUAAAACCAUGAGGGUUUUUUUGUUAAUUUUUUUCCGUUUCUGCAUAUAAUAAUAAAAGCCAAAACUUUUGCUGACCUAGGUAACUUUUUUUUUUGAAUAACUCGCCCAAGAGUCUGUUUUGCUAAACUAGCCUGAUGACCUCCACAUAGCAGCCUUGUUCACAUGUAUCAAUGGGCUUUUUAUGUAUAUACAUCUAAUAAAUCUAUAAAUCUCAGUUUUAAAUAGAGUGCCAAACAUGCAAUCAGUUUGGGGUUAGUGUCAACAUGCUUCAUUAAAAGUGAAUUUUUUAG